UUACCUACAUUAGUAAUGAGUUAUUGGGUAUCUUGCCGAAAGGCAGCUAAGAACUACAAGGAGGAGCUACAGAAGCGGUUUUGUGCUAACUACAGCAGUGAUGUAUCAAAUACCAGAUCCAUCAUAUCGAAAGAAAUAUUUGACAAUAACAUCAUCGACUCCUCAAGCCCUAUCUUACAAGUUCAGAAUGUGAGCUUUGACAGAGAAGUGGAAGGCUUCAGACACCACACAAGCAGGUAUGAGGUGAUGCAAGAAGAGGGUGCAGCUCUUGUGUUCCGUAGAGGCCAACCCUUCUCAUUUGUCUUGCACUUCAAUCGUGCAUUCAUUCCUGAAGAAGAUUACUUUCAUCUGCAAGCCGAGUUUGGUCAUACUCCGCUAAUACCUAAAGGGACAAAAUAUAAACUCCCGUUGUCAGAAAAAAGUGAUAAUGAUGAUAAUUGGGAAUUCAGUCCUGUUAAUCAAAGCAACGAUGAAAAUGAAUUCAAAGUACAGGUCAAGACACCAUCAAACUGCCAAGUUGGACUGUGGAAGUUUGCUCUUUUCACCUACAAGCGAAAUUCACCUGGAGAAGCAAAAUACACUUUCCUACAAGACUUUUACAUCCUGUUCAAUCCAUGGAAUGAAAGUGACCAGGUGUUCCUUGAGGAUGAGGAGAAGAGGCAGGAGUAUGUGCUCAAUGACCAUGGCAAGAUCUGGAUGGGGACUAACAAGGCUCCUGUCAGUUACCCAUGGGUGUACGGUCAGUUUGACCUCUGUGUGUUGCCUGUGGUCACCCUGUUGUUGGCUGGCUCCGACAUCCCUCCGACUGAGAGAGGCUCUGCCGUCAUCAUCUCCAGGGCUCUCUCUGCCUUGGUGAAUUCCUAUGAUGAUGAAGGACUGUUGGUGGGGAAAUGGGUGGGGACUUUCGACGACGGCACCAAACCCUUUUCUUGGACUGGAAGCAUUGAUUUCUUCAACGAGUUUCUCACAAGCAGUCGGUCGGUGAAGUACGCUCAAUGCUGGGUCUUCGCAGGAGCCCUUGCCACAGCAUGCCGAACAUUGGGGAUCCCUUGCAGACCUGUCACCUGCUACGUCUGUGCGCACGACACUGAUAACUCUCUUACAGUCGACAAGUACUUCUCCAAGAGCGGCAAAGUGAUAAAAGGCGGGGCCGAUGGUGGCUGUCAUGACAGCAUCUGGAAUUUCCACUGCUGGAACGACGUGUGGAUGACCAGGCCCGAUCUACCACCAGGCUACGACGGCUGGCAAGCUAUCGACGCCACACCCCAAGAGAAGAGUGGUUGGAAGUAUAGGACUGGCCCAGCUUCUCUAGAAGCUAUCAAGAAAGGACUGGUGGGCUACCAGUAUGACACAAGUUUUCUGUUUUCUGAGGUAAAUGCUGACGUCUGCCAUUUCGUAGAAGAUGAUGAUUCCCCUUGGCGCUUUACCAGAAUCAAGUUGGAUCCAUCAAUGAUAGGGAAGAGGAUUGUAACUCAAAGUUUAACUGACAAUGUAUAUGGAGAAAGGGGAAUGGAAGAUAUUACCAGCCAAUACAAGAACAGUGAAGGAUCAGAAGCAGAGCGAGCUGCUGUCUUCAACGCUAUCAGGGCUCACCCCAAAGCCCAGAAAUUGUACAAGGCAGUUAAAACUCCUGUAGUGAGAGAUGUCUACUUCAAACUGAAAGAAAUUGAUUCAGUUCUCAUCGGUGACACUUUUUCAGUAUCACUGACUAUGGAGAAUCAUGCAUCAGAACAAAGGAAAGUGAAUGCUGCCCUGACUGCUAGUUCAGUUUUUUAUACAGGACAGAUUGUUGAUAUCAUCAAAGAAGGUGAUGUGGAAGUUAAUCUUCAGCCUAAAGAAGUGAAGACCGUGAGGAUAUCAGUGUUACCUGAAGACUACCAUGGAAUGUUGGCUAAGAGUACGUUCAUGAAGGUAAUGGCUGUGGCAAAUGUGGUAGAGACUGGACAAUCGUUCACUGGAGAAGACGACUUUGAGGUGCUAAGAACCAAGCUGGAGAUAAAGGUGCUGGAUCAAAUACACGUCGGGAAUACAGUAGAAGUUCAGUUUUUCUUCUCUAAUCCUUUAGUGGAGAAUCUGACCAACUGUGAACUGAAGGUUGAAGGACCAGGUCUGCUGAAACCAAGGACUGAGAAAGUGAGCAACAUCCCAAGUUACGGCCAGUUGAGACACAGUGUGAGCAUGACCCCCCGACGAGUUGGAACACAUCUGCUGGUGGCCACAUUGUCCUCUGACCAACUAUCCAACAUCAAGGGGUCCAAACAUGUCAUGGUCGAGGCUCAGAAUUGACUUCACACUCUCCAGUCAUUGACUUCAAUAAUGUGUGAACAAGCGAAAUAAACAAUUAUUCAUUAUA